ACUUGUGUCAUGUCGACUGUCGGACGGUCGUGUCGCUAAAUAUUUUAGGGUGUGUUUAUGGCGUGAUAAAUUAUUAUUUAGAACCGUUGUAGUGAGAUAGAGAGUAGUUUUGAAUAUUUAACAAAAAGUGGUGAUAAUGUUACGGGUUAUACUGGAUAAAUUUUGGGAUGAAGAUGUGUGGUUACCGCCGAAUACAACUUGGGAAGAUAUUGCACCGGGUCCAGACAAGGCAGUGGUAUACAAUGACUAUAGGCACCUCCUGUAUCCCCUGCCCUUGGCACUGAUUCUGAUAGUCCUGCGGCGUACACUAGAGGAGUAUUGGUUUGCCCCAUUUGGGAAAUCUUUAGGCAUUAAGAACACUAGACCAAAGAAAGCCCCAAGUAAUCCAAAAUUGGAGAAUGCAUAUCAAUUAUCACCAAAAAUAAAGCAUAAACAGUUCUUUUUGAACAAGGAUGAGAUAUGUUCGUUAGCAAAGCAACUCGACAUGACAGAGAGGCAGGUGGAACGAUGGUGGAGAUUAAGAAGAAGCCAGGAUAAACCAUCCACCCUGGUGAAGUUCUGCGAGAACAUGUGGAGGUUCACAUUUUACUUGUACAACUUCUCCUACGGUCUCUUUAUAUUAUGGGAGAAGGAGUGGCUUUGGGAUAUCGAUCAGUGUUAUAUAGGAUAUCCACACCAGGGCCUCACCAACGACAUCUGGUGGUACUACAUGAUAUCAGCAGCGUUUUAUUGGGCGCUGACAUUCUCCCAGUUCUGGGACGUGCGUCGCAAGGACUUCUGGCAGAUGUUCGUGCAUCACAUCGCCACCAUCCUACUGCUGUCCUUCAGCUGGGUCUGCAACCUGCACAGGAUCGGGACACUCGUGCUCUUAGUCCAUGACUGUGCUGAUAUAUUCUUGGAUGCAGCGAAGGCGGCAAAAUACGCCAAUUAUCAACGAUUGUGUGACAGUAUCUUUGCUGGUUUCACUGUAUUAUGGAUCGUUUCAAGACUCGUUGUUUAUCCGUUCUACAUUAUUUGGAGUACAUCAAUCCGCGCGCCCAUGUUGCUCCCGAUGUUCCCGGCCUACUACAUCUUUAAUUCGUUGCUGUGUCUACUAUUAGGUUUACAUAUGGUCUGGACCUGGCUUAUAUUGCAGGUCGCCUAUAAGGCUAUUAGUGCUGGCCAGAUGGAAGGUGAUAUCAGGAGUUCAAGUUCAGAAAUAAGCGAUAGUUCACACCAAUCGAACCACAGCACGCCGAAUCGUGUCAAUAAUAAAAAAAUCAGACUCGUGAGAUAUACGCGAACUGCAGGAGGGACUCUCAUUCGACGACCACCAACGUCUUAGGGAAAGGUCUCGAAACCCGGUGCUAACCGGCAAGUGAAAUAAAAAACAGAGACAUAGGGUCAGGCCGACCGUCCAGGCGUUCUGCUCAGCGUCCGUGGCGCCACCUGGCGGCCACAAACAUGGCUACAUCAAUCACUCCACGUUACGAGGUUGUAACUAGUAUAUCAUUAAUAUUACAGGGGGCCACAUUUAUACUUUGUAUUUAUAAUUAAUGGUGCCUUUUCUAUUUAAUUUUACGUCAUCAUCAGAUCGGACACGUCCACUAAAGAAAAAAAGCUUCUUUCUAAGGAGGGUUGCAAUAUCUCUCGGAAUGAUUGGCAAGCUAGGGGAAAUAUUAGAAGAUGCUACUUCCCACAGCAAUGUUUCAAGCAAGUUUUGUAUUAUGCACAAAUAUUGUUUUAUAUAUUCUUUCUGUUUGUUACGUAAAGUAUGGUAGACCUGCGUUAUGAAAGCUGGGAUGAUUCAGAAUAAUUUAAUACUUAAUAGUCGUUGUUGGCUGCACAAAACCUCAACCUUACAGAAUUCAAACUCAAACUUACUUAACCUUCAAGUACUGACGUGGUUUACUCAUACCAUAAACGGUGACGUGACGUAUG